AUGUCGGAGCUCAUCCUCAACGUGAGCUUCGCCGUCGGCGGCCCCCCCCGGCGGCCCCCGGCCGGCAACCGGCGGCACCGCAGCUUCGUCCGGCGCCGGCGGCUCCUCGAGCGGCUCGGGGCCCUCAAGGAGAAGCAGCUGCCCCCGAACGCCCGCCGCCAGCCCAAGGGCGACGCGAAAAAACCCGGGGCCGGCGCCUCCGGGCCCCUCCUCAAAGCCUCCGGGGCCCCGCCGGCUCCGUGCAAGCUGGUGGCCAUCGACUGCGAGAUGGUGGGCACGGGCCCCGGCGGGCGGACCAGCGCCCUGGCCCGCUGCAGCAUCGUGGGCUACGAGGGCGACGUCCUGUACGACCAGUACGUGCGGCCCGCCGAGCCCGUCGUCGACUACCGCACGCGCUGGAGCGGCGUCAGGAGGCACCACCUGGCCAACGCCGUCCCCUUCGGCAAAGCCCAGCGGGAGAUCCUGCGGCUGCUCAGCGGGAAGGUGGUGGUCGGCCACGCCGUGCACAACGACUUCAAGGCGCUCAGGUACUGCCACCCCAAAGCUCUCACCCGCGACACCUCCAAAAUCCCCCUGCUCAACCGCCGGGGCGGCUUCCCCGAGGGCGUCUCCGUCUCCCUGAAGCGCCUGGCCAAGGAGCUGCUGCACCGGGACAUCCAGGUGCGCCGCGCCGGGCCUCCCCGGGCCGGCAGGAAUGCGGAUUAA